AUGGGGGAGCGGUCUCCGUUGGGGGAGCAGCAGCCUGCCCACGGGUCGGAGCCUGGCCACGGGUCGGAGGCUGGCCACGGGGUGGAGGCUGGCCACGGGGCGGAGCAAGACCGUUCCUUCACGCCGAAGCUGGAGUUAGACACCGCACUGCCUUCCGACAUAACACCGUUGGAUCAGGACGCCAACCAACAAGGCCACGAGACGCCACUUCCCGAAGCUCACCCGACCUCUCUUUCCGAGAAGAGAGAGGACGCGUUCAUCCAAUCCACAGUACAACCUCAAGAGGAGGACACUCAGGUGGGCGGUAGCCAAGAGGGCAAUAGCCAAGAGGUAGGCAACCAGGCAGCGGGGAGUACCCCAGAGGUAGGCACCGAGGCGGUGGGCAGUAUCCCGGAGGAGGGCACGCCAGCGGAUGAGUUGGUGGAGUCACAGGGCGAGGAGUCCCCGCACUUUAGCACGUUAACUGCUGCUGAGGGUCACACGGAAGCGAGCACUGGUCACGGCACCCCCACAGAGCCCCUGUCUACCUCACGAAUCACAGAAGAGCCACAAAUCACAGAAGAGCCACGAACCACAGAAGACACACGAGGCACGGAAGAGUCGCGAAUUGCGGCAGCACAUAUCACAGACACUGCAGAGUCGCGUUACGAAGACGGACGGAAACGAGGCCUCGAAGACGCGGCCACGCCGUCCAUGAAACGCGGGCCGGCCUGCACGCCACCCACCGUCAUGGAGACACCCACGCCGGCUGGCGGGCAAAGCUACACCUCUUCUGGUGUAGGACCUCGGUCGGUGGAAGAGAACCGGACCACGCUAUGGAUCGGAGACCUAGAACGUUGGGAGGAUGAGGAGUACAUCUACAACUACUUCGAACAAUACUUCCCUCAGUCGGUGACCUCAGUCAAGAUCGCGCGCGACCGAGACCAACAACGAAGUCUCGGCUAUGGCUUCAUCGACUUCGUCAACCGCGAGGUGGCCGAACGCGUCCUCGCUUCUGCUGCCGCAUUCAAACGGUCCCACGGCCGGCGCUUCAAACUGACCUGGGCCCGAGGCAAGACCCGCCAACCAUUCAAUCCCGCUGCGGCUCAUAACAGAGGCAUGAUGGGAGUCGCUCCAGGCAUGGCGCCGGGUUCUCCCGCCCCGUUGGCCGUCACGCCACCGCCCUUCGUGCCCGGCGCCGGGCCUGGACGAUGGUGCAUCGAUAUCCCGAAGCUGCCCAACUUUUGUACGCAGCCAAGGAUCGUAGAAGCUGUCCUCAGACCCCUCUCGCUCGAUACAUGUACGUCCAUCGAGCCCUAUGACAAUGAAAGCUUGCGAUUAGUGUUUGCAACAUCCAACGCCUUCUUCGCAUUCAUCGGCAGAUACAGGGACGGACGCUUCGAUAUCGGAGGCCAGUCAGUCGCCUAUCUGGUCCCCCCUGACGUCAUGGAGAGAUGGACAAGAAUGUAUGAGCAAAGCAGAACGCAACCCCCCACCAACACCGCCGCACCACUGUACGGUGGCUCCGCGGCCGGAAUCACCUCCCAGUGGCACAGGAUGUGA